CCCUAAAAUUAUUGCCUUGAUCAGCAAUUUAAUUUGUGCACAUGUAUUAGAGAGGCUGUGCCUCUCUUUAUGGUUUGAAAAACAGGCAGGAUUAUGCCACGUGCUGUCUGAACACUCAUUUAAUUUACAUGGCACCAGGCACUGUUCUUUCUGACUGGAACAUUAAUGGUACAUGGAAUAUUAAUGGAACAUUAAUAAGCUGCCAUUGUAUACUUCCUAGAAACCUGUUUUUUUUUUUUUUUUUUUUUUUUUUUUUUCUUUUUUCUUCAAUGAAUUCAAUGAAUAUCUUUGUCACUUGACAAAAAUGUCCUGUCACUACAAUUCACGCACUUUAAUAAGUGAAUGUCUUCUACAGCCAUGGUUCCCAAACCAGACACUGCACAUUUUUUUCUCCAAAGCCUGUGCUGUAUGAGGUGGAAUUGAGUAAAAAUGUGCACUGUCUCUGAGGACUGUGUUGAGAGCCAGUGUUCCAUAGAGCCUGCAAUAUCUGGACAAAAUCACUUUACUCCUCUUCACUGUCCAUAAAAUUGUGUCAAAACCAGUGCAUGUCUUCUGAGACUCCACUACCGACUGAAUGGUAAUCAAGGCAGACAAAUUUACAUUCAUAUGCUAUAUCUAGCAUCAGACGUCGCAUGUUAUUACGUUUUGAUUUGCUGGGAGACUUUGGCUCAGACUGGGAAAUAGAUUCAUCAUUAUGAAACCAGAUUUUACAGUCACAGUAUGAGAUGAAAUAUCAGAAGGGGUAAUACAGAAGAAAAUCAGAUAAGGAUGGCAUAGGGUAAUACUAACAGGCUUCUAAAGAAUGUUUUAAUGGAAAACAAUGCAUGAAACAUCAUUUAUUGUUUGUGCUGAGAGCAAAAAAGUUAUAAUACAUGGAUUCCAACCUUUAUAUGAUAAUUAUAUAGCCAUGAGCUUCAAUGGAGUAAGUGCUAGCUCUGGGGCUGUCUAUGCAGUUUGAAUUUGUAGAUCAAGAUAAAUGUUUAUCUAGUAGAAAACCCUUCAAAAAAAUGACUAAUUGCGUUGAUCUAGAUGGUAGUUUUGAAACUUUAUGUUCCUACACAAGUAGACUUUUAAAACGUUACUUUUGAAUAAUUCUUCCUCACACUAUUGAGAGUGAAAGUUCAGAAAAGGACCUUUUUCCCCACUAAAAAUGACUGAACCAACAUAUUGGACUUAAUGACAUAUAAUUACACUUAUGCUGACCUGUUUGCACUCUAUAAUUCUAGUGUUGGGGAGAUAAUUACAGUUCUGCGAAACACUUUCCUGUGCUUAAUAUCCGUUCAAUAAAAGUUCACCAGAAAAUGCAUUACAUGAAUAAGAGGAGGAUUGAUGCCUUCCGCAUUCAAUCCUAUUUUGGUUAAAUACAGUAUUUGUAAAUCUGCAUGUAUACAUAGUGACUCUAGCAUUUGCUGACUCAUAAUGUGAAAAAGUCACAGGGAAGGAAAAAAACAACACUGGAGAGUUCAUUUGCAUGCUGUCAUUAACACCCGCUGCUUCUAGGCUGAAGAACUGGAGCUUACUGCUGCAGAGGUUUGAACUGAAAUGCACAUUUCAGGUAGAAGCGGUUACCCUCAAGAUCCAAACCCUUAACACGAUUUAAUUAUGAUGUUGUAAACUUGACUAGGAUUUGUUUCUGAAUUGUUCUUGAAAGUUUAUAACAAGCUGUGCCACAAAUGUGAUUGAUGCGAAUACUGGGUCUCAUUUAUCAAGAUAGAUACAAUCAAAUGUGUUUGUAUGUUGUUUGUACGAACAUUUACACAAGAAAUGUGGUAUCCAUUAAAAUCUGGAUAGUUCAGGGAAAAAACAUCUUGGGAGAGUUCUUAAGUUUGUGUAAAUUUCCAUAUAAGGAGACUCACUGAUUUGAACCUCCAUUGAUAGGCUGCAGUGCAGUUACUGUAAUUUUAUAUAUGGACUACACUAAAAAGUUUAAAUCACUUUUUUUUUUUUUCUUUUUCCAAAUGCACACAAAUUUAGUGAAGCAUAUGUAAGAAAAUCAGCCUUUUUUUUUUUUUUUUUUUUUUUAUAAAUAUGGCACAGUUUUGUUUUUUUUUUGCUUUGGAAAAAAUAUUUACACACAACUUUACUAAAAGAUUAAAAGAGACAUUGCGGCCGUAGUUUAAAUCCAGUGUAUGGGCUUAUAAACUUAUAUAAAAGCUUUGAGUACUCAGACUGCUUUAGACUACAGUACAAAAAAAAAAAAACACACCUUUGUCGUUUCUGUUUACAAGCAGAACCUGUUUCCCAGACUUCCUGCUGUUCUCCUCACCUUGCAUCUAUUGAACUGUUACCAGGUACCUGCUUGCUGUUGUAUGUCUCAGUAUGCUGUGUGAAUGGAACUCCGUGCAUACGCAUGUCAAGUCCUCCCAAGUAUUAGAAAGCCUCGGCAUGGGACGAAAAUGAAAUAUGGUUUCUGCUGAAAAUAAAUCAAGGAAAAAAAGGUAUGUUGCUUGUUAUAUGUUUGAUUAUCAGUAUGCUUUUACACAAUACAUGUAAAAUCCAAUUGCGCUACUGUAUUAAAUUCAGUUUCACAUCCAAUUCAGUUUUAUGUGUAUAGCACUUUUAACAAUGGACAUUAUCCUAAAGCAGCUUUACAGAAAUAUAUCAAUUCAGAAUAUAGAUUUUAAAUGUAUGAUUUUGUCGCUAAUGAGCAAGCCAGAGGCGACGAUGGCAAGGAAAAACUCUGAGACGAUAUGAGGAAGAAACCUUGAGCAGAACCACACUCAAAAGGGAACCUAUCCUCAUCUGGGUGACACCGCAGAGUGCGAUUGUAAAUAAUUCCCUUCUAUAAAUGUGCUAAUACUACAUGGUCAAAUAGUGCAGUUGUGUAACCAGGAAAAUUCAUUACACUUUUUACAUGAAGUCUGUUUUGUUGAACUUCUGCACCGUUCACUGAUGGAGACUGAUGGAGUGCAAAACUGUUUGUGGUAAUUGCAAUGCCGAGGCUAUAAUAGCAAUUGUAGUCCUAGCCAUCGUAGCAUACUGUAACUGUUCAUAUGAAUUGAGGUCCAAAACCAUCUUCAUGGUUUUUAAGUGGUACCGUCCUCAUCCUCAUCAUCCACACGUCCAUCCAUUAAAUUGUUUUGAACAUAUUUUUACAUCUCAAGCUGCAAACACAAUUGAUCAUUUUUUUAGAUUUGAAAUCACACCAUUGAUUUAGUUUUUGUAUACGAUGCUGCAUAUUCAAUUCCUUCACUGGACUGUAAAGACAUGUUGGCUCUUAGCUCAGCUUAUACGCAGGAGUAAGACGAACAAGGCUCAGGCAGACCAGAGGCUGAGCUCUGACUGGAGAAAAUAAGGGGUAAUGUACAGGUCUCAUCAUGCAGCAGAAUUUCUGUUUUCUCCUCUCUGAGCUCUCAGAUGCUCUGAAAUGCUGUCCAUGAGUUCAAUGAUUGUGUCUGCCUUCAUUUUCUCUCUCAGUGAAAUAAAGGACUUCAACAACCCCCAGUGUGGUAAGCCAUGAUGACAGAAUUUCAGUAAUAUACAGAAACAAAAGUCCAAAAUGCUUGAGGCCAGGCUUGUUACCGUGGUUGUCUUAAAUAAAGCAAUUUUGUGUAAUUCUGCUACAUGUGAACGGGAAGCACGUAGAGGAAUAAUCUGAUUAGUGGAAAUGGGACAUUUUCCACAGGAAUGAUUACGGCCAUUUCAGGUCUCGGUGGAAAGGGGCUGCAGAGUGAAAUGUUUCAUGAGCUGUACAACAAAUGGACAUUGAUUUUGCUCACAGAAAACUCAAUGUUCGGUUCAUUUCACAGCUUACCACCACGGUUCAUGGUCUAUAAUGCCAUUGUGUGGUUAAGUACCUUUCUUUUCUUGGCUGUUACCAAAACAACUGUAUCCAUCAGACACUGACAUCUCCACUGAAUACAAUGAAGUUGGUUAAUCCCUUUUCCUCAAAGAUGCUACAAUACAUCUUUUGUAUUUCCUCAUAAUGAACGAAACGCACACACUGACAUGUCUUAAUGAAAACAUAUUUUACUCACUUUAAAAGUGAGUAACAGGCAACUAAUGAAUCUUAGAAAUGAUCCAAAGAAAGUCUUAGAGCAUUACUUAACAUAUUACCUUACAGGCUUGAGGAACUCUAAUGAAUGCACUCAGAACUCUUUAUGCAUUUGCUGCUGUGUCAACAGGAAAGAUGAAAAGCGAGAGCUGUACAGCGGCUGGGAGAGCUCUGGUGCAGACAACGGAUCGAAUGAUGAUGAUGCAUUUCAUGGCUGGCAGAAGUCUAAACAGCAAGAGAAAUGCAGAUAUUUGGAUGAAAGUAACAUUGUGUUAUCGCCUCAUUUAACUGUUAAGCCCUGGUUCUCUGGUUCAGAGGGGAAUGAUGAGGCAGAAAAACCAUGCCCAAGAUGUGACACAUCUCAAGAUAAUGCUCCUUCUAAUAAAUCUCCGGUGGCUCUCCCAGCAAGGCCCAAUGAUUUGAGGCAAAGCGCUUCAGACAUGGAAUGUUUCCCAAUAAAAUCCAUGUCCACUCACUCAAUGACCCACAAAACAAAUAUCAUUUACAGCCCCAGUCCAAGCAUAUUGGAGCUAAAACAGAGUCAGCCGUUAGCACGAUGGUCUCCUGCCACUCGUGAGCAGACAUCUGAGGAAUCAGUGCCCUGGCGAUGUAAAGCAUUUGCUCCGGUGAACCGUGAAGCAAAACCUGCUGAACUUCCGCAUCUCUGCAAAUGGCCAGCUGCCCAGAGAAUGGAAUGGUACCAGGAAAGCCUGGCCAGACUGGCACAUCUGGAGAUGCAGUCACCCCAAAAUGCACUGCCUUUUAGCAGACGCAGGCCAGUGAAUCAGAAGCCAGUUGUAGGUCAUAAAGGAGUGCAGGCACAUAGCCGACAUGUUGAGAAAAGCUUCUGCUGGACAUCGGCAUCCAAAGGCCUGUUCAAUGAAGAUGGCACAAGGCCAGCUACACUAAUAGACCCAUGUAACCAAGCCCUGUAUAGCUGUUUGUGGAGUGCAGUGCAAGCAGAAGCAGAAGGCUGUGGCAAGGAACUGGAGCAACAAGACAGCGGUCACAGGAACAGUGUGAGCUGGUUGUCGGACAUGCUGUGUCCAUCAGGAUGCCAUGGGAACGGCACGUCCUCCACCAUUUCACAUGAUAUCACCUUAUUCCACAUUCUACAAGUACUGCAGAGCAAACCAGUACAUUUCCCACAGGUCAGAGGACAGAGACGCCUUCGAGACACUUCCUAGUCUGAAUGCUUGAAUCCAUCCUUGAGAAGAAUGUAAUCAUUUUCUAAACUCACAACAUAUCACUCUGGCAAACAGCAGCCAAGCAAGGUCAGAAUAUAUUUUAUUCAAAGACAUUUCCUCUACAGUGUAAAAGGUCAUGAUUUGAUGAGACGCAAUAUUUAAUGAAGCCAUGAGCUGGAACUAAUUAAAAUUCAUAAGAUGCCACACAAAAAACCAACAGCGACACAAGUGGGAAUGUCACAGGUGAACGGCGAUAGAAAUUGGUAAUUAAAAAAGUUCAGGAGGUUGUAAGAACGCACUUUUAUAACCAAAGUUUCUGUACAAACUCUUAAAGAAAUAGAAAAUAGCAGUUGUGAACAUGAUAUGCAAAAUAGAAAUGUUAAUAAACAAAAUCAGUAUUUAAAAUGAGAAAUUAAUUCCAGCCACUGGAACAGUAAUUCAACAAGUUAUACCACAAAUUCUCGGGAAUAUUUUUUACUUUUAAAUUUAAGAUGAAGCACACA